CUGUUGUUGUGAGCCUCAGAGGCUGGAUGUCCCUCUGUUGGGAGGGAUCGGGCUGUGCUCUUGUGCGUCCCUCCUCCCCGCUGGCUGGCCGGCUUCCUCAGGAAAAGGCCGAGGAGGAAAUGGGAGGAGGAAGGCCCCACUCUGCUCCGUCGGGAGGGCGAGAGGGAUCCACCGCUGCUGUGCCUUGGAGAAGAGGGGCCCUUCCCAGUGCCAUGGGGCCCCGGGCCCUCCUCCUCCUCCUCCUCCUGCUGCUUUCCCUGCAGACCUCGCUGGGCCCUGAAUUCGGGAGCUGCGCCUCGACCCUGGAUCCCAACGGGAGGAACGUCUGCCGGUCCAACAGCCAGCCCCCGGCCCUCUCCUGUUGCCCCGGAUGGGAGCAAGAGGGCCCCGAGUGCCCCCUCGCACUCUGCACGGGACCCAACGCCUGCGGCCAGGAGGAGGUCUGCGUCCGGCCAGGAGUCUGCCGCUGCCGCCCCGGGUUCUUUGGGGCCAACUGCACGGGGCGCUGCCCGCCCCAGUUGUGGGGCCCGGAGUGCCAGGAGCGCUGCCUGUGCUUCCCGCGGGGCGCAUGCGAUGCGCGGAGCGGGGCCUGCGCGUGUGGGCCGGGCUGGUGGGGGCCCCUGUGCGGGCGGGCCUGCCCCUGCGGCCCCCACGGGCGCUGCCACCGGGACUCGGGGGCCUGCCUGUGCGCCGCGGGGUGGUGGGGGCCCCUCUGCCGCCGGCCCUGCCCCUGCUUCCCCGGGGGGGCCCCGCGCUGCCACCCCGCCUCGGGCGCCUGCCUCUGCCGGCCGGGCUUCUGGGGCCGCGCCUGCGCCUCCCGCUGCCCCUGCCACGGCUCCCCCUGCGCACAGCACUCCGGGCACUGCCACUGCCGCGAGGGCCGGCGCGGGGACGACUGCGCUCAGCCCUGCCCGGAAGGCACCUACGGCCUGCUCUGCGCUCACAGGUGUGGCCAUUGCAGUCCGGGGGCCCCUUGCUCUGCGGUGGACGGGAGGUGCGCUUCCUCCUCGUGCGCUUCCGGGUGGAACGGGACCCUCUGCGCGGAGCCCUGCCCCCCGGGGACACACGGGGAGGGGUGCCUCCACACCUGCCCCCCAAGCUGUCGCCGGGGAGAAGCCUGCCACCCGGAGACCGGCGCCUGCCACCACUGCGAGGAUGGCCUCACCGGAGACAGGUGCCACCUUCCGUGUCCCGCCAACCGUUUUGGGGAGGGCUGCCUGGGGGUUUGCCCCUUCUGUGCCAACGGGAGCUGCCACCCAGUCAGUGGGGCCUGCCUCUGCCAAGACGGUUUCUGGGGGGACAGCUGCAACCGGAGCUGCCCCGAGGGCUUUGGGGGCCCCAACUGCUCCUCGUCCUGCCACCCGGUCUCCGGCCAUUGCGCCUGGGGGGGCCACCCCCAAGCAGCCCUCGUGGCCGGGAUCCUGGCUCCGCUGCUCCUCCUCGGCUCCUUCUUCUUCCUGGGGUGCUGGUGCUGCCGCCAAACGGAGACCCCAAGAGCGGCCCCAGGGGAAGGGUCCCCCCUCCGGAGGGUGAAGCGCCCCGUGCGCUGGGCCUGGCCCUGCCUCCCGCUGGAGGGACACAAGCUGCCCCGGGUCACAGUCUCCCACCACGAGGCACAGCCCUUCACCCCCAGCUUCAUCGAGGGGCCCUCCGCCGCCAACGCCUGGCCCUCCGACUCCUCCUCGUGGGACUCCCAGGAAGAGGAAGAGGAAGAGGAAGAGGAGCGGGCCCAGACAGCAGGGGCGUCGGACGGGGAGAGGAGUGGGGACCCCCUCCCCCCGCUGGGCAUCCCCCGCACCUCCAGCCUGGCCAAGGCCCCCCGCCCCACUGUCUCCUUCGCCCAGGGGACCCGCUUUGGGGGGCCGGGACCCCCGCUGGGGAAGGCGCCGCAGGAAGGGCCCCGCCCCAAAGAGGAGGAGGAGGAGGAGGAGGAGGCCGAGGGGCUGACCACCAUCUACGUGACCGUGGGCCGGGCGGACACCACGGGGGCCGGGGGGCCGGAGAAGAGGGACCCCGGAGGGGAGGGCGGGCCCAAGUAUGAGAACGUCCCCGGGUGGGCGGGGGGCUCCCCAGAGGGACCCCUUUAUUUUCCAGCUUGCAAUCAAUGAGAAGGGGCGCCACUCCCCACACCGCCACCAGAGGGCGCUCCCUUCCUUCCCUUGUUUGUGGAAGGAACUCUGCACGUGCUCAGAGGCGCUCUCCCUGCCCACCUAAGCUGGCUUUGGGGGUGCUUAGGGGCCCCUUUCCCAUCCAACCAACGGGAACAAAGGACUGAGAUGCCAUUCCCAACACCACCAACAGAGGGUGCUGCUCCCCUUGCUUUGUGAGCCUGCGGAACUCUGUACGUGCUCAGAGGCCCUCUGUCCACCAACCUAACCCCAGUUUGAGGGAUAUUAUUAAAUAUUAAACAUAAUUAAAUAUUA